GGGACAACAACAUCUCUUUAUCGUCAAGUUCAGGGGGUCUGGAGGACACCGACACGUCUGAAUACUGGAAAGAGUCGAAUUGAUGCACUGUGGAGCUUCCAACUACCGGGAAGCAGCUCGGCAACAUGAUGUUAGCAGGGAUAAGUCUUUUCGGAUUGCCGAUUACAACCUGGAUCUUACCGAUUCUCCUUGCUUGCGUCCUCGUGGCUAUCCUGGGCUGGCCGUCUCCCCAAAAUGCCAGGCUGAAUAAGAUCCCGGGACCAUGGAUCUACAGAGCCACGAGGUUUAGAUUAGCGCUGGACGCAUGGCGCACACGAUAUGUGCAUGCCAUUCACCAUCUACACCAAGCCUAUGGACCUGUUGUUCGAAUUGGGCCUAAUGAAGUGUCUUUCAAUAGCCUGACUGCCCUGAGAACCAUCUAUGGAGCAGGGAGUGGUUUUGAAAGGACUUCUUUCUACCGCAUGUUUGACGCUUAUGGGCGACAGAAUCUCUUCACUUUUGCUUCCGGCAAGCAACAUCGUGACCGCAAGAAGUUGGUCAGCAAUAUCUACGCCAAUCAGACUGUUCUGAACCAACAAUUCUCCUCGUUGGUCAAGAGAAAAGUCGCCGGGUUUCUCGCUUUGAUCGAGAAAGAACCAGAGACUGCAAGUGAAAUCUUUUCAAGCCUUCACUACUUUUCAUUCGACGCCAUCUCCGAAUUCGUGUAUGGACCGCACCAUGGUGGUACAUCGGCCCUGACUGGCCCUGAUCGUGAACUUAUCGGAGACAUCCUCAACCCAGCCAGGAGGCGAUUGGCUUGGUUCACUGUGCAUUUCCCUGCGUGGACCAAAUGGAUCACCACCAGAACAGGGCUGAUGGAAAAGACGCUCACCUCCCUGGGACUGAUGCCGAUGAAGAAGCCCUUUACAUAUUCGGGGAUUCGCCAACAUGCGCUCAAGGCCUUUUACAGCUUUAAGAACGCCCCGGCUUCUGAAAAGGCUGAUUCAGCCGACAAGACCGUCAUCGGUCGACUUUUCAAGGUACAAGGAGAGACCCACCUGUCAGAUAUGGACAUCGCCUCGGAGUGUGCCGAUCAUCUUCUUGCGGGCAUCGACACGACUUCAGACUCACUCAUGUUCAUGAUUUGGGCACUUUCUCUCCCUCAGCAUAAACAUAUUCAGACCAAGUUGCAGGCAGAACUCUCGGGUCUCGACGUCGAUGAAAAUGGAAUACCAAAUCCGCGUGAUUUGACACAACUGUCUUACUUGAAUGCAGUGAUUCGAGAAGCUUUGCGAAUGUACGCGCCGCUGCCAACGUUCGAGCCACGUUCAUCAUUAAUUGACGUCGUGAUUGAUGGGUACCAUAUCCCCGCUGGUACAGUCGUUGGCAUGUCCCCAUACAGCCUGCAUCGAGACGAGAAAAUCUAUCCCUCGCCGUUGACUUUUCAACCAGACAGGUGGCUGACAGAUUCCGGAACCCUGAUCCCUGAGGCGGACCUGAAGAACCGCUACUUCUGGGCUUUCUCGAGUGGCGCACGAAUGUGCAUCGGCAUGCAUUUGGCCAACGCAGAGAUGAUGACUCUGCUUGCUGCGCUGUAUCGCAACUACAAUACCACUGCACGGCAUCCGGACACGUCGCCAGGUAUUACAAGCCGGUUUGAGGUCUUUCACGACGAGACCACUCCCAAAGUGGUGGAGCAUGAGUGUUGGAUAGACUUUGCCAAGUCUGAUGACAGCCGGUAGCCUAUUGACAUGUUUUGCGAUGGUUGGAUCUGGUUGUCGGGACGUAUACAGGCAACACAGGGUCUCAAUUCGUAAAGCAUCAACUUCAUCAACUUCAUCAGCUCUUCUUGUACUCCCUCUUUACCUCAGUAAACGUCUCCGACCCUGUGCCACCAAAUCAGGCUUGUUGGCCCUGGCGUGUCUUGGACCAAUGUACUCCGAACAUGCACCCGCCCUGACAUCGAAAACAAUCCACCAUAGGUUAGGCAAGGUUAUAC